CAUAUUUUGAAUCGGACAAAUUGAUGGCGUCGUUCAAGCAGCUCUUUGAGGCGGCACCGGUGAACUCGGUCGAGCAGUUGUUCACGCGGGGGCGCGUGGCGUUCUAUACUUUCAUCGCGUUUGGACCGGGCACCAUGACGGGGCUGUACCUCCACAGCCUCAAGUUGGAAAUGGAGAACGACAACCAAGCAGCCAAGCUGAUUGCGAUGAUGAAAGCUCAAGAAGAAGUGCUCGAGGAAGAGCGAAAGGAAGCUGCGAUUUUGACGCAGAUGCAGAAAGUCCAAGCGAAUCUCCAACUCUUGCACAGUCGCAUGAGGGCUCUCGAGGAGACAGUUACCGGCCACAGUACUAUCGAUCCGCUAGCCGAUAUUCUCCCCACUUCUACAGACACUCUGGAUGGCGACGACGCAUCGAACGACAACUCUGAUCAACACGACGACACCUCGCUCGUCGCGACGAUCCAAGCGGCCGCGCGGCAGUGGUGGGAAGACGAACACAUGCAAGAGAAGGUGGAUGCAUGGUACGCGUACUUAUGGGAAGACGACGAACUGGACGAAUUUUUCAGUCUGGACGCAUGGAAGGCGAAGGCCCUAGCUUGGUGGAGUGGCGAGGAAUCGUCGAAGCCCCCGUCGUUGCAUGCGAGCGCGCUGCUGCAGACCGUAGAACAAUGGGCAACCAUUGAUGGGAGCCUAUCAUGGCUGCAAAACAAAGAUGUCAUUCGUGCAAAGCUCCAAGAAACAGUGGCGCAAGGGCGGGAAGCGCGAGAGGUGGCAUUGGCGAAGGAAGUCGCCGCGAAGAAGGAAGCCGAGAUCAAGCGACAACGUAAAGUUCUGUCCAAGCUAGAACGAAUGAAGGAUCAAAGCGGCAUUGAAGCGCGAACAAGCGGAGCGAAUGCGGUUCGGAUACAGAAGGAUUUUGAAGUUCUUAAGAAACACGAUUAAAGUUCGGU